AUGGAGAGCUCUGAGCAGAUCCAUCCGCUGCUAGUGAAACGACCACGAAGCGCAGAUGUUGAUGCAGAGACGUUCUCAUUCGCUAAACCUGCUUCCCACGAGAAACUGUUUUCUCUCAGGAAAUUGCCCAACAAGACCCUUCUCUCGCAAUCUACAGUCUGUAAUGCGCAGCUCUCAAAGGAGCAAACACGGCUCGAAGGAAGCUUCAAUGGCCAAUUGGCCAAGCUGAACGCAACGCCCGAAUGUCGCACUAUUACGGACGCACCAACGUUCGCCUUUCAAACUCCUGCGAGAAAGCCAUUGCUCUUCCAACCGCCGCGGCGCCUAUCAAUUUCCAAAGAGCAACGCAAAGAAAGCGCUAGAACAGGAGAUUCAGUAUGUGCACGUGAAUCAGGCUUUCAGCACGAACAAGACCACUCCCUCAUUCGACAGAAUGAGGCAGCUCAAACGGAUGAUUCAGUAAACACCCGCAUUGCCGAGACAAAUGUUACAAUCCCAGAAUCAAGUCCCAUUCCAAUUGAUGAAAAUACCAAUGAAGCUGUUCCCGUACUUUCCGUUUCCAAUCGGCCAGGGAAAAAUAGUGAGGACACUUCAAAAAAUGUAUCUUCCGGUAUGCCACUCAAGGUCAUGGGCAAUCAACCCCGUGUUUCGGAGCAACGAUGCACUAAGCAAAAGAAACCAUCUACCAAGCGCCUAACCCCUCCUUUUCUCAAGAAAAGCAGUACUCAGUUGGGUGAAGAUGAUCUCUUUGAGCUCCUCAUAGUGAAAAUGAGGGAGCGUGAAGAGAAUGAGCAAAAUUCUGCUAAUGUUCGACAACAAAUCGAGAUCGAGAAUUCCCAUUUAAAAUCUGAAAUCCAUUCUUUGCAUGAUCGACUCAAGUCUUACCAGGCCCAACUUGUCAGAAGUUCAUCUGAUGCAAAUAUUCAGAGAGAACAGAUCAACAAAUGGAAGGCACGACUUGCCAAAUUCAAAGAUGUUAUCAUUGAUCUCGGGCUCCAAUAUGAUACGCUUCGGGGGCAAAGCAACAAUCUGAAGUCGAUCACAUCGGGCCUUCAAAAAGAAAAGGCAGAUAUACAGCAGGCUUUGGAUGAAAUCAAGGUGCAAGUCAACAAAAGCACAGACACUAUUGAGGGUCAACGCAACAAGCUACACAGCUCUGAGGAGAAGAUUGCAAUGCUAAGCGAAGCAUUGGCGAGGUCAGACAGGCAAGAUGAAAGCAUGAAGUUGCAGCUUUCUCAUGAGAAAAAGCGAGUGGUGACUCUGGAGUCCUAUAUAAAAAAUGAAUCUCAGAGCCAAGCACGUUGUUUGGCGAUUGUCAAAAAGAGCCAGAGUGAAAUUAUUGAGAGGCUUGACUCUGCCAGCAAACUGGUUGCCACAGCUUGUGUUGAUUCCCGAGAUGCUGUUACUUCAGCAAUCGGACCGGUACUUGAGCGUUGUGUUUCUUCUGUCUGUGAGUUGAAAGAACAAUGUGGCAUUCAGAGGAUGGACAUCGAAAAGUUCACAGGCGACGUCCGAGAAGCUGGCUCCAGAGUCGAUAUGCUAGCAGGCCAACUUGCAAGAGGCAUUGAAACAAACAAAGAUGUAAGCAAUGGGUUGUCUCGAGCGCUUCAAGAAGGCUUGCAGACUAUCGAGAAGAGCCUUGGUCCAGAUUCUGUCCUUUCCAAUCAGCUAGCAAAUAGCGAAACCCACUAUGAGCAUCUCCAGGGAAGCCUUGAAGUGGUUGGGCCCGUUAUAAGUAGUCUGAACGCUUCUGUCAAGGCCAUGAGGGCUACCGAGACAGACCUUGUACACGGCUUGGAGAUAUUCGACCAAAGACUUGCCGAUUCCCAGUUUCCAGCAGGAAAUCCAGUUCUCGAGAUGGAGAUUUCGACCAAGUUCGCCGAAAAUACCCAACUGCAGCUUGAACUCCAAAAGGUCUCGCUUGACCUGGAAUCUCUCCGGGAGCAACAUGGCAAGAUUACUUCUGAAAACGAGUAUCUUCAGCACGCACUGACCGAGGCUAUUACUAAUGAGCAAUCCUCAAAGAGCCAAAAUUCUCGAUUGGAGAUUGAAAAGACAGCUUUGAGGGGCGAACUUCAAUUGGUCGAGCAAAGGAUCCGCGAUGAUUUGCGUAUUGCGAGCACCAAGGCUCAAGAUCGCCUGAAAGCAGAUUUCGAAAAGGAGAUCCAACGACUUGAGAUAGCGAACUCCGAGAUGAAGACAUAUUCUGACCAACUGAAAAGCCAGGUAUCCGAUGCUCAGAGAUCAUUGGCCGAGACGGAGAAGACAGCCGACACCGAACAGCAGAUAAAAGUGAUCAUGCUCAAGCAAUUGGAACGACGGAUUGAAGAGCUGAACGCCACUUGCUCAAAUUACCUGGCAGAAGCCAAGGCUAAUGACAUUGAAUUGCAACGCUUGAAGAGUUGCGAGGCCGGACUCAAAGUUGAUAAGGAAAAGCUUUUCGGUGAACUCAAAGAAGCGGAAGAAAAGAUCCACGCAGCUGAAGCAAGUUUGGCACUAAAUACCACAAUAGAAUCGGAGCGAUUGAGAAUCUCUGGGGAUAUGCAACAACGAUUAAAAGCUCUCGAGAUAGAGUUGGCAGAGAGGACCGAAGAACUCAAGGCAAGCUUGGUGUUGAGGACAAAAUCCGACGCUCAGACUGUUGAGACUGCUCAAAAAGUAGAGGCAAAGAUUAAAGUACUCGAGUUAGAGACAACACAGAAGACAGAGGAGCUUGCAAAAGUGAAUGAAACCCUUGAGAUGAUGAAGUCCCGUUCUUUAGCCUUGGAGAAAGUCGGAGAAGAAGCAGAUUCUGAGAUUGUUGCACUUCUUCGUCGCGCUCAAGAGGCCGAGAGCUGGCAGGCGACUAUCAGAGAGGGUUUCGCCAGGAUCAUGGAGAUGCAUUCCGACGAGCCAUUCGAGCAGACAUGGCAAAAAGUGGAAAAAAUUCUUCAAUCUUCGCCCAACCAGCGCCCCUUUACUAUAGUUUCAUCAGGGGCAAACCUUUCGGGUAGUGCUAGAGUGCAUCCCGCGGACAAUAAACGACUUGAUUUCGGGCCACGAGAGGGCAGAGCCAAUGAAGCUUUAGAGACUGACCAACAAACAGAGCGUGUUUGCGAGACUAUCGCGAACAGUCAGACAGACCUGCCUUUAUCUCAACGAACACAAAAUGCCUGCAAACCUUUGAUCAGAAAUAGCAUUGAAUGGCUGUCAAAAUCGUCUCUUGAUGUAGGUCAUAUUGUGCCGUUCGCGAGUCUUCAUGACAAACUUUUACGGGAGGAUAGUCUCUCACUUUUCAACGACCCAGCGGAGCUGGAAAUGCUUUUCAUGUCAACCCCAGAUUUCCAAGGACCUGGAGAUCCGAGCAAGCUUCCAAGAGCCUCUCCAAAGCGGAAAGAGACAUCGCCAAAGCCCGGUUCAGUUGAUCUAAAUGACAAUUCAAGCAACUCUGCUAUCGGCAAACAUGUGCGCAGAGUAGAUGACUGCAAGAGUGAAAGAUCCAACUCGGAUCUCAGGAAGCUCGAUGACCCGGGUUUAAAUACAACCAUGAAUAUUGAACAGUCCAGCAUCAAGAGAAAGGUUGUUAGCUUCGAGGGAUCUCGUCAGACAGAGACUGACAGGCCACAACAAAUGUCAGAUGCUAUUAAUGUUAGCUCAGGACAAGGAUUCGAAGACAAAGUGCCAAAGCGAGCACAGAAACGUACUUACAGCCGCCUGCGCCAGUCGGUGGCACAAGAAGAAAACUCAAUGGAGGCACAUGUCCAACCCGGUGAUAUCGCUAUGGCAGCAACCCCCCAGCCUGCCAUCAACGUCAAAGACACCGAUGCUCGGCCUGCGAACCCGGCAAAAAGAGCACGCAAUUCGGCUGCUGAUCCUGAGCGACGGCUGAGUCCCAAGGGACUGGCUUCAGGCAGUAGUAAAGUAAACACAACUGUCACGCGUGCGCGCACGAGGCGCACCACUCGAGGUGAUCGCUAUAACCAGCGUUUCCGUCAAAAUACCUGA